ACGUGUUUUUUUUUCAUAACCUCACAAAGCAAAAAAGGGCAAAAACCCAAAAUGUUCAUUUUUUCCAAUCUAAACAGUUAAAAAAAGUUUAAUUAUGAAAGUAAUAGCGUACGAAAUAUUAUCCCUGUUAUGUGUGACUCUUAUAGGGUCUGCGAUGAACGUGGAAUUAAAAAAACCGACGAUUCUGGUGUCGGUUUUAGUGAGGAACAAGGGCCACAUCCUGCCUUAUUUUUUGUCCAAUUUAGAAAGGCUCGAUUACCCUAAAGAUCGAAUUUCUUUGUGGAUAAGAAGUGACCACAACUCGGAUAACAGCAUUGAAAUCCUUAAAUUUUGGAUUACCUCAAUCAAAGAUCAAUAUCAUGCGGUGUUUACUGAAUUUGAAGAGGGCGAAAGGAAAUAUCCAGAAGAGGAUGGAGUUGCUCAUUGGACAGACCAAAGAUUCAAUCAUCUGAUGAACAUGAGGGAAAAUUCUUUAAACUUUGCCAGGAACAUAUGGGCAGACUACUAUUUUUCAAUUGAUUCGGAUGUGAUUUUGACCAACCCAAAUGUAUUAAACUACUUAAUAAGCAAAAAUGUACUUGUAGCAGCCCCUUUACUAAAUUCCGCAGGUCUUUAUUCAAACUUCUGGUCAGGAAUGACAGAGGAUUUUUACUAUAAAAGAACCGAAGCUUAUAAACCAAUAUUAAACAGAGAAAAUGUUAGCUGCUAUUCAGUUCCGAUGGUUCAUAGUUGUGUAUUGGUCGACUUGAGGAUGCAAGACAGUGAUUUCUUGACUUAUUUACCCUCAAAUAUUCCUAAUUACAUUGGACCUAAUGAUGACAUAAUAGUUUUCGCUUUAUCAGCUUUAAGACGUAAUAUUUCCUUGCAUAUAUGUAAUGAGGACUUUUUCGGUUAUAUUAGUCAACCUUUAGAAGAAAAUGAUGAUCUUUCAUAUGACUAUCAGCACUUGUUGAAUAUUAAAAUGCUUGAAUUAAAUAGAGGGUUUUCUCUGUAUUUGAGUGAAAAAUUUACGAAAUAUGUAACUAUUCCUCAAAAAGACAGUUUGGUCUUUGAUAAUAUUUUUGUUAUAAACCUAAAAAGACGACCAGAUAGACGGGAAAGGAUGACAAAGUGUUUUGACGAAUUAGGAUUGGAUGUUGAAUUUGUAGAUGCCGUAGAUGGAAAGGUAUUAAAUGAAAGCUUUUUACAACAUAUUAAGUUUAUGCCCGACUUUAAGGAUCCAUACCAUCAAAGGCCCAUGAAGUUAGGUGAAAUUGGCUGCUUCCUUAGCCACUACCAGAUUUGGAAAAAGAUUAUUGAUAACAACUACCAAACUUCCUUGAUCCUCGAGGACGAUGUCAGAUUCGAACCGUUUUUCAGGCAAAAAGUUGAAAGAGUGAUGUCCGAGGCGUCUAAAGUGCAAAAUUGGGACUUAGUGUACUUUGGGAGAAAACGUCUUAGGGAUCAAGAAGAACCUUGGGUAGAAGGAGCCAAAUAUCUGGUCGAAGCUGGUUAUUCUUAUUGGACCUUGGGUUAUGCCUUGAGCUUGUCUGGGGCACAAAAACUACUAGACGCUAAGCCCCUUACUAAAUUAGUUCCUGUAGAUGAAUACCUCCCAAUACUAUUUGAUAAGCAUCCCAGAGAAAACUGGAAGGGCUACUACCCAAAACGGGAUUUAGUAGCCCUAAGUGCCGACCCUUUACUGAUAUACCCUACCCAUUAUACAGGGGAAGAAGGGUAUAUCAGUGAUACCGAAGAUAGUGUGGUGAUUCCUGAGGAAAUUAUUGUCCGGGAAGAUCUUUAAAAGCUUUAAUAAAGAAUCAUUUACAGAUCUGAUAAUUUGCUUUAAAUUUUAGUGCCAUAUAUUUAUAGUCUUUAUAUUUGCAAUUAAAAAAAAAUUAUAGUUCUUUUGCAAAUUAUAUAUUUAUCGUUGUUUUAUAUUAAAUGUAGUGCCAUAUUUAUAACUUUUAGAAAUUAGUGUUCACGUGCCUUCGCUAUUAAGUUUUAAUUAACCCCAAUGUGUUCAAGUUUUUUAUAAUAUAUUAAUUUGUUAUGCAGAAA